GGGUACUACGACGUGAGCGGGCAGUGGGACAAGGAGUUCGAGUGCAACAACAGCCUUACGGGGUUCCGCUACUGCUGCGGCACCUGCUUCUUCCUCUUCUGCUGCAACAAGCGCGCCGAGAAGCUCAACCAGAGCCUGUGUCGCAACUACAAGAGCCCCGAGUGGGCCCACCCCACCACCUCCAGCGGUGCGCUGCCUGCCGAUGGCAGCAACGGCGCCGACGGAGACGCCAACAAGUACGACCCGGACAAGGACAGCACCAAUGCCACCGUCUACAUCUCGUGCGGGGCCAUCGCCUUUGUGCUCAUCGCCGGCGUCUUCGCCAAGGUGGCCUACGACAAGGCGCGGCGCCCACCCCGGGAGAUGAACAUACACAGGGCUCUGGCUGACAUCUUAAGGCAGCAGGGACCAAUCCCAAUAGCACACUGUGAAAGAGAGACUAUCUCGGCCAUAGAUACCUCCCCCAAAGAAAACACCCCAGUCAGGACAUCUUCCAAAAACCAUUACACCCCUGUGCGCACCUCCAAAAGUAACCCAGGUCACUACGGAAAGGAUAUUUAUCGAAGUGGAGGACCAGAUCUCCAUAAUUUCAUCUCCUCCGGGUUUGUCACAUUAGGAAGAGGACACACGAAGGAUGACCAAGAACAAAAUUAUAGUCACCUGAUACUAAACAGUGCCACCCAGACACCUACACAUGACAAGCCACGGAUGAACAACAUCCUUACUUCUGCCACCGAACCCUAUGAUCUGUCCUUCUCCCGGUCCUUCCAGAACCUCUCUCACCUCCCACCAUCCUAUGAGUCUGCAGUCAAGACAAACCCAACGGACAAAGAGGCUGAUGAAUAUUACAUGAGGAGGAGACACCUGCCUGACCUGGCGGCCCGAGGCACUCUCCCUAUCAACGUCAUCAAAAUGUCGCAACAGACCAACCACAGGGAUAGGCCCCGUCGGCCCAUCAGGGCCAUGUCCCAGGACAGGGUGCUGUCCCCUGAGAGGAUCAUGCCUGAGGAGUUUAGCAUGUCCUAUGAACGGAUCCUCUCAGAUGAACAGCUUCUGUCCGCAGAACGCCUCCAUUCCCAAGACCCUCUGCUCUCCCCGGAGCGUUCAGGGUACCCAGAGCAGUCUAUGUCACGAGCAUUGUCACAUACAGACGUCUUUGUUUCAACACCUGUCUUGGAUCGCUACAGGAUGACAAAAAUGCACUCCCAUCCUAGUGCCUCAAAUAACUUGUACAAUACCUUAGGUAUGAACCCAACUUCUGCCAAGCGCCAAGCGUUCGCCUCCCGACGGCAUAACACAGUAGAACAACUGCAUUAUAUUCCAGGACACCACCAUCACUACCGCACAGCGAGCAAAACAGAGGUGACUGUUUGAUAUGACCAUGUGCAUUGUAGAUAUACAUUAAGGACUGGGGUGGCCAGAGCACCCUAUACUGCAGUGGCCUUAUAGGCCAAGAUAACCUCUAACAAUUCCGUGUCUGAAGAGACUUCUCUUAACAGUCCCAUCCACAUUGUUUUUAAAGCCACCCCUACUUUGGUGACAUAAGAAGAACCUAAGCAAACAGACAGACAAUAGUGAGGGAUAAUGGAGGAUAUUUCCUAACACACUUCAGUUUCUGUCAAAGAAAGCCAUAGUAGUAGAUGGCUCCUUCCAAGGGCUCACCUGCACUAUCUCACUGUUUUUAUGAAUUUUGGACUUUUCAACUGCCACAAGCAGAAUCACUCUCAUGCAGCCCAUGACAGGGAGGAGAAAAAGCAACACCUCUUCCUGGCAGGAAGGGGCCCUGUUGCCAUCUCUCAUGCCAGCCCUGAUGUUUGAUCUUUCUGUAGCAAGUAGCUAAGAUUUUUGACUGAUGGAGAUCACCUCCAGAUCAUUUGAUAUUAGCCAGCACCCAUAUAUCUGUUCUUCCUCACCCUUGGAGUGAAUUCAAGGGCAGACUUUCCUAGGGCACUGGCAGAUCUAGGGACAAGAAUAGCCUGGGUGAGAAAUAAAGUUUUAGUUUAUAUUAAAUAUAUUCAUAAGAUAAAAAUAUACUAGUGCCUACAAAUUGCCUGCUCUCUCAGUGUAGGAAGUAGUGGGGUUGAUGUGUUCAAUAAGCACAAAUAUGCUGAAAUGCUUGUUAGACCCUUUCCCCACUCAUUCUAGUAUCUUGGUGUCUACAACAUAUAAAUAAGAAGGAGGAAUAGGAUUUCUGUUCCUUCAGCUUCUUGCGACUGCUGAACGUAAAGCGCCAUAAUUUGUUCAGCUUUGCACUGCUAACCUGUGCUAGAAGUCCUGACUCUACUGAAACUCCUGUAAGGCAAGGCUACCACCAAUUUCACUGAGCCUGGAUUUCUCUCCAGAAGUUUCCUUUCCUGGUGGCAUUUUCUCCUGGCCCAAUCUCCCUGUUUCUGAGCAUAUUUCCUUCAUUCAGUUCUAGCCUAGAACUCCAUGUGUAGCAAAUCAUUUUCUAGACCCCUAGCAGAAACACAAAACUAACUGUGUCAGUAUACCAAAAAGCAGCUCAGUAAUUUUUCCAUGAUUGUCUCACCAUGUAAUGGCCCCCAAAAGCCUUCCAAAUGCCAGUUCUACUGAGUCCCAAUCCUAGCCACGCAGACAGUUACAUUUCAUGCAUAUAAAUUAUAUAUCCAGCAUAACUGUAAUUAAUGGGCAUGUUAUAUAUCUGAUAUAAUCCUAAUUAGAUACUGCAUAUUCAUGAGAUCUUUUAAAAAUAGACUUAUGAGUCCAGAAUUUGUGAGGGUUUUAUCUUUGGUGUUCUGAGUGGGUGGGGAUUUGCUUUUUUUUUGGUUUGGAUGUUUAUUGUUGUUGUGUUUUGGGGGAGGGGGUUGGUUAGUUUUUUUUUUUUUUUUUCCUUGUACUUCUGUUCCUAUCAAAUUUUGUAGAACUAACUCACACUAGAACAUACUUCUGUGACCAGGAAAGGAUGUCAGAGGCUUUGAAGGCCAGCCAGACCAAGCGCUGUAACAGCAUAAAUGCUGGAUUCUCUCCAGCAUUCAUAAACCAUUGUGCAUACGCAAAGCCUCAUCACGCACAUGCACCCAUGUUACUGUUCCAAAUGACAAGCAUGCUUCCUCUUCAGGAUCAAAUGAUGACUGACUUCAGGUCGUAACACAUUCCCAUACAGUACUUUUCUCUUCAUGUGCUGCAUUUCCACAACUCUUUUCCUCCAUUACUCUUCACUAAACUCCAUUUAAAUUAACUCUGACCUUUGUCCUUCCCUAAAAAUGGCCUUAUAGUUCCCAGUUCCACACUUCAGUUCUGGAGCAUAAAAUGGCCAUAGGUUGUUCUGAGCUUGAGACUCGUGUGGAGGCUGAUAAUGUGCACCUGGUUCUGCUGGUGCAGGAUAGGAAACAGGAGUGUGCUGUCUCCCCUGGUGGGAUUUAGAGGCAAACCUCAGUGGGAUAGAAAGGUUGGCUUUCAUUAUGCUGCAGUUUUCAAAAGAGAUUCAAGGCCCUUCUCUUUCCCACACUGUCCUGGCGUUGCUGAGCCUAGCUCGUGGGCUUACUUCUGCCCCACACAAUAGAGACUGUGUUCUGAAUAGAUUCCAUCUGAGAGAAGUACUGGGGCUUUGUUUGACGGAAACUGAGCUGUGAAGGAACAAAUAACUGUCUCCAUGGUUCGUGUUGUCAGGCUCAUUAUUGUGCAACCUUGGGCAGAAUCUCUCUGAGUGGCACACACAUUUCUAUAUGGAUCACUGUGGCAGAUCAUGACAUGGGAACAAAAGAGGAAAGGCCUCUCCAGAGCUUACACCUCAUCUCCUGACUCCUUACUUUGAUGGACACUCCUCUCCCCUGACUACCUCCAAGUUCCUCAGCUCAGUCACUGAAUAUUUCUUAAAAGGCAGUUCCAUGUGAAAACAUGCCCUUGGUGACCUCCCUGUUGUCUGAAGUUUUGUGGCUGAUUUGAAGAGAACAGAAACAUACAUGGCUGAUGGAGAGGCAGUCUCUGCUGAGGUUAGGAGUCUCUUCCAUUCUCCUCUUGGUCCAGACAAAUCUGGGAUCUUCCCCUCUGCAAGCAAGGGUAUGUGAACACUGGGAGAGGAGAGUCCACUCUAGAGUCUCCAGGACUCGAGGUGGCAUAGGCUAUGGAGCAGAGGUAACCAAGUAAGGCCAUGGGUAAGUGAACACUCCUCUCUUUCCAUUUACAUGGCCAUAUGUCCCAAUGUUUAAAUGUUCAGUUCAUGAACAAGGAAGCUGCUGGACCUGGUGCAAAUACGGAAGCUUUUCACUCAAGUACCCUGUGCAGAUGCUGCGCUGUGCUGUGCUCCAGGCCAUUUGACAUCAGAGCCUUCCCUUAUUCUGACUGACAAAUGUCACAGGCCUUUUGCUAGCCUGUACUAUCUGGGCAAUAAUCCUCCAAAGAAAUGCUGGGCCCAUCUCCUGCUCUCUUCCACUCAUGCAACUGUUUUAAACAGUUGUGUCCCACAAGAACCAUCAAAAAGCCUUUUCUAGGCAAAACCUCUUCAGGGACUCUGCCACCACCAUAGAAAAAUUUCAACAAAUUUCUUUGAGAAGACACCCUUAUCUGAAUGGCCACAGUUUGUUUCUGAGAACUGUGUGUUCCUGUGGCUUACUGCAUGGGCUGGAAUUGAUUGAUAUCUUGAGCAAUGGUAUUUCAGCAUGCACAGGUGUUCUUAUUUGAUUUUUUUCUUUCCCUUAUCCCUUAUUCUUGAGAGUUUUUCACUGAAAGGACACAUGAUCCAAGACUGGGAGUCGUGACCUACAGCCUGGCCCCCAGUAUUUUGGUUUCCUGUGAUCAAAAUGUGAUGGCAAUAGUCACAAUUUCCAGAUCCAGAGAGGCAUUGUGCGGGUUCAUACCAUAAUGUCUAAAAAGUUCUUUGAGACUCUCUCAAAAUAGACACUGCAGAACAGCAAACAUUUUUAUUGAUCUUGUUGGCCAGAAAACCAUUGUCCUACCACAUUGUGUCUGAUGUGUUGUAAUCCAGUGUCUGUCCAGAAUGAAAGUGUUGGAGCUGGCAAGGGCAACUUCUCCCAAAUCCUACUGCUUUCCUUCUGGACAUGGUCCCACUAGCAGGCAGUAGUACUUAGAGAUGCUGUUACUUGUACUUUGACUUUUCUGCUUUCUUCUCCUCAUGUCUGAGUCACCACCUCCUUCUGUACUCAGGAGAAAAGCAGGAAGCGGUUACAUUCCUCUCUAUAGUAAAAUAUAAUCUGCCUUGAUUAAUCUAAUAUACUCUGAAGGACUGAUCUGUCUUUUUCUCCAAUCUACAGGUGGAAAUACGUAUCUGUGGAGCAUCCAGUUCCCAGAGUGCAUGUGCAGGGACUGGGGGAGGGUGAUAUUGAAAACUUUAUAUUAUUUCCUACAAACUGAUAAGUAUCCACAUUCCCCAAGCAGCAACAUGUAAUAGUGAGUUGCAUUGGGUUUUAUACAACUUUCUCAUUAAUACAGACAUAUGUAUGUAUAUGUAUAUACACACACCAACACACACACAUUUGUAUACAUACUGUAGUAAUCAGUAAGUUCUGACUGACCCUGUAACAGUUUAAUCUUCCAAAAUAUAUUGACUCAUUCUUUGAAAUGCGGAAAACUAUUUUUAAUGAACCACACAGAUCACCAUAUGGAAUGGAAAUUUUAUCAUAAAAGUCUUCUAACGACAGUGAAUUGUGUUUUAAAGAAAAAAUGAAAAUGAAAUAUUUUUCAAUGUUUUAAUGUUCCUUUUAUAAAUAAUGUUC